CAGUUCUGCGCCGCGCCACCAGGUGGCGGAGGCACGCCGGUGGCGCGAUGGGCGUGCUCAAUAGAAUCCGCUGAGCUGCAGAGUGAGACUCCGUGUUGUGUUUACUGUCCGCAUCAUCAUCAUCAUCGUCAUCAUCAGCCACCGGAGCCUGACGUGAACAACCGACACCGGGGAGUAAAGAAACGGACACCGUUUAUUUCUCUACCAACAGCACCUCGUUCGUCUUAGCAGUUUGAAGAAGGAGCAGCAGACAUGUUCUACACCUGUGGUCCCAACGAGGCUAUGGUGGUGUCAGGCUUCUGUCGUUCUCCUCCACUGAUGAUCCCUGGAGGCCGAGUGUUCGUCAUCCCGUGUAUUCAGCAGAUACAGAGGAUUUCCCUGAACACUCUGACUCUGAAUGUGAAGAGCGAUAAAGUCUACACCCGCCACGGAGUGCCCAUCUCCGUCACAGGGAUAGCCCAGAUGAAGAUCCAGGGUCAGAACAAGCAGAUGCUGGCCGCCGCCUGCCAGAUGUUCAUGGGGAAGUCGGAACCGGAGAUCGCUCAGAUCGCCUUGGAGACACUGGAGGGCCACCAGCGGGCCAUCAUCGCCCACUUGACUGUUGAGGAGAUCUACAAGGACCGCAAGAAGUUCUCGGAGGAGGUUUUCAAGGUGGCGUCCUCCGACCUGGUCAACAUGGGCAUCAGCGUGGUCAGCUACACGCUCAAAGACGUGCACGACGACCAGGAUUACCUGCACUCACUGGGAAAGGGUCGCACGGCCCAGGUUCAGAAAGACGCUCGCAUCGGAGAGGCCCAGAACAAGAGAGAUGCUGUAAUCAGGGAAGCUCAUGCGAUGCAGGAGAAAGUCUCGGCCCAGUACAAGAAUGAGAUCGACAUGGCAAAGGCCCAGAGGGACUAUGAGCUGAAGAAGGCCGCCUACGACGUCGAGGUCAACACCAAGAAGGCUGAGUCGGAGAUGGCCUAUCAGCUGCAGGUGGCGAAGACGAAGCAGCGCAUCGAGGAGGAGAAGAUGCAGGUCCAGGUCGUGGAGCGGACGCAGCAGAUCAUGCUGCAGGAGCAGGAGAUCACCCGCAAGGAGAAGGAGCUGGAGGCCAAGGUGAUGAAACCGGCAGAGGCUGAGCGCUACCGCCUGGAGAAGCUGGCCGAGGCUCAGCGUCUGAAGUUGAUCAUGGAGGCGGAAGCCGAAGCCGAGUCCAUCAGGAUCAAAGGUGAGGCCGAGGCAUUUGCAGUGGAGGCCAAAGGUCGCGCAGAGGCGGAGCAGAUGGUGAAGAAGGCGGAGGCCUUCCAGCAGUACAAGGAUGGAGCCAUGGUGGACAUGCUGCUGGAGAAACUGCCUCUGAUGGCGGAAGAGAUCAGCAGGCCUCUGUGUGAAGCCCACAAAAUCACCAUGGUGUCGAGUGGAGGCGGCGAGGUGGGCGCGGCCAAACUGUCGGGAGAGGUGCUGGACAUCAUGACCCGCCUCCCGGAGGCGGUGGAGAAACUGACCGGCAUCAACAUCUCCCUGGUGACGGCUCGCACAGGCUGAGGAGAACCAACCAAGCGGGCGAGCGGGCAGAUCGACUUCACUCUCCCUCCGUCGUCGUAUCGUCCACAUCUCGUCGCGAUGUUUCUGUGCUUAGGGAAAAUGGCAAACUGUUGCACUCGUUACCGUUUUUUUGUCGCUGAUUAGCAGCUUUUAUCUGGGGCUCAGGUAUUGUGUAUACUCCUCCCGCUACAGUUACAGUUGAUGUUGUUUUUUAAAGAGACCCUCCAGUCACGUUUUAAAGUACAUGAAAAUAAUCUGCUAUGCCUAAUAUUUUGUUUAACAUUGUUUACCCCCAAAAGAAAGUUUUUAAAAACCCAGUGAA